AUGCCUUCAAUCGCUCGCCUCAUCCUCCUUACCGCAACGCUUGCGGCUAUGGUACAAGCUGCGCCGGUGGCAUCAUCUUCGGAGCCAGGCGUCACUAUCCUCAGCGCUGAGGAGGUUGAGCCCCAUACUGGACCAGUGGUUCCUGUCUCGGCUCCCGACGGAAUCCUUUCAGUCGUCUCAGAAAUUGCAGUCUAG